UCCACACCAACCACUCCGCUCCACCACCACUCUCCGCCACUUCGCCAGCUUAGCUAGGGUUCCAUGCCGACCGCCGCGGCGACCACGGCGAGACGCCCGCUGCAGAAGGCGGCGUCCGUCCUGCGCUGGCUCCACCUCCUUGGCGCGGACAUCGUGGCCUACGCCUUACUGGCCGCGCGCUGGGCCUGGGCCUGGGCGGUCGGCGUCGGCACAGCGACCCCCUCGCCGCGCCGCCUGAAGCAGGAGGCCGUGGCCGCCCUGCGCUGCCUCUACUUCCUGAUGACGGACAUCGUCGUCUACGGCUCCCUGGCCGCGCUCUGGGCCGCUGCCGUCGGCGGCGUCCUCCCCGAGAUCCUCGGGCGCUGGGUGUGCGGCGGCGAGGACUCUGCCGUGACUGCUGCUGCCGAGGCCGUCCUCAAGGCGUCGAAGUUCGUCCUAGUGCGUUUCUUUCCGGGGUUCAUCAUGCAGUUCGCGAUACGCUUUAUGGAAUUCGCCCAGUUCGAAGCCAAGGAGAGGAGAGACAAGCUGGCAACAAGCUCCUCUGCCAUCACGGCGCCGUCAGCCCAGAGACAGCGUCCUGAACGGAAAGGAGUGCAGCGCCUGCUCCCUCUGCUUGGUAUGAGCACCACCUUACUCCAGCUUGGGAUUCUGGGCAUGAGGAUGAAGAAUCGUCACCAACAAGGAUCCGUUUCAUGGAAGAUUGGUUAUGUACUCUCUGAUGUUGCAGCCUUGGGGUCCGUUGCUCUAACGGUCUUUGUUCUUGUGCCAAAUAUGCUGAUCAUAGCAGCACGGUUCCCAGGGCGAAGGCUAGGGCUGCCGUGAUGCAGCGAGUUGUUCAAGGUUCAAUGCCCGCCACCGACAAAUGUUUUUUGACAAGCGCUAUGGAUGUCUUUUGGAGUUAUCACGAUCCUAGAACCCAGAUGAUAUUGGUUUCUCAAUCUGCGUUGUUACUGCAUGCCCGUCCUUUGCUGAGACCUGAACCUCAAUUGGCAGUUUCCGUGACUACUCACCUUGGAGUCUAGCCUACGAACCUCUAGAUUUCGUAUUCAUGUCCUGGAGAUUUGAACCUACUUUUAGCGUGAUAAACAUGUACGCACAUACUCUUAUGGCGCGGUUGAGAUUUAGGUUUAUCUUGGUUACAGUGCAUUAUCGUGUGGAUGUAUGACUUGGGAUUUUGAAACAGCUACUUCAGUGCUGUGUGUGGGU